CGCAGCUUAUGUUGUCAUGGUACAGAUCAGUUUUAGCUUGUUUACUGGUAGCAGGAUAAUAUGGUAAAUUCUCAGCUGCAAAACGGAACAUAAGUUGCAUAUUAUGAAAUAAAACUGCCAGUAAUAUGUCGACUAGCAUUAGAAGAUGCAACUGGGAAAAUGACUGCUAGUUGACUCAGCUGCUGUUGCGAUCGUUAGCUGACAGAUUGUUUAGCCGUUCUCCUUUAAUUACUGUCCAGAAAUCAUGCCGCAGAUUUCAGUCAACUACAUUUUAUUAGGCGGACAGUUCUUGCUGCUCUUCACAGUGCUGCUUUUACAGUGUCUUGAAGGGAUUCACUCGCAAAACUCAACCGAGGCCCCCGGGAACACAGUAACGACCAGCAAAACAGUUGUGUUCAGCAAUCAGCCAGAAGAAAAUGUGACGAGGAAUGUUACAACGUUUCCUGCUGAAAUAUCAAAUCACACGGAGCAGUAUGAGUACAGCCCCCCAUCACCUGUUGUCCUCUGUCUAUAUCUACCAGAGGAAUUCAUAUUUUGUCAAGAUCCAGUCGAUCACGGAGGAAAUGUCUCUGCCUUUCAGGAACUGGGCUAUGGAUGUGUAAAGUUCGGCGGUCAAGUGUAUAAAGAUGUGAACCAUACCAAGGUGUUUUGCUCGGCUCUAGAUGGCAUAGAGUGCGCUGGACCACGGGAGUUUCUCAGAGGCAAUGAGCCAUGCAUUAAAUACACAGGACACUACUUCAUCACCACCCUACUGUACUCAUUUUUCUUGGGAUGUUUCGGCGUCGAUCGGUUCUGUCUCGGACACACUGGGACUGCGGUGGGAAAGCUGCUUACCCUGGGAGGUCUUGGCAUCUGGUGGUUUGUGGACCUCAUUCUCCUGAUAACAGGAGGCCUGACCCCCAGCGACAGCAGCAACUGGUGCACUUUCUACUGAUUUAAAGUAGCUGUAUCUGAUUCAUCCUUCUCAUGCCACAAGUUAUAUUUAAUACUGUAUUCAUGUGGGCUUACAAUGGGCCUUAUUUGCUAUUAUUUGUAAAAUACUGUUCUCUUUUGUAAAGUGUUUAUGUGAAGCGGUGUUGUAAAUAAAUGUUAUCUUCAAA